GGUUAAUCCGACCCACGUCGACCCCGUUUGAAAUAUCGAAGCGCGACCGCUCCCUUCUCCCUCUCCCUGUCGUUCCCCUUUCUUUCUUUCUUUCUUUCCUUCUACGCUCUACGCAUUCCUUUUGGAGACGAAGGAAUCUCUCUUUCCAUCCCUCCACCGUCCCUCUCACGCUAUUCUCCUCCUCCCUCCACUAUAUAUCUAUAUACCUCUCUCUCUCUCUCUCUCUCUCUCUCUCUCUCUCUCUCUCUCUAUCUAUGUGCAUACUUAAUUGCGGAAAGCUUUUUGAGAUGCCUCAUCGUUGGGCCGCCGCCCCCGUCCUCUGCACCACCCCACUCCCUUCCUUUCCAACCUCACCUCCCCUUUACAUCCCUUCCUUUUCACAUCCUGUUCCCUCAGAGUCCAUUCUCUUCCCCCCUUCCUCUUGGUGGUGGAAUCGCGGCACCGGUUCCGGCCGCCGCAAUGGCCUCUUCCAACUCCAGCUGCCACUCCCGGCCUCGCGUCCAAGGGAUCGUCAUACUAUGCAAUGCCAUGAAACCUUAAGCAUCAGCACCUCACAUUAUUCAAACUCUUAUUCUAAUCACUAAGAGAAAUUAUUUAGUGAAUGUUGAGUAUUCUACUUUCAAUGGAAAUAUCUUUGGGAACAUGGCAUUUCAGAGAGGAAACACGAGCUUCACAUGUUCAAGAUGACAGCUGACAUACAGCUCCAUCAUUUAUUGAGAGAAGGUCUCGCUUCAUGAGGUGGCUCCGCAAGCUUUUCAAAGGAACAGAUGCUGGAGUGUCAAAUGGAGACCAUUCAAGUGUAACUGGGGGAGAGAACUCAUUGCAUAAACCAGUCAAACCAGUGGAUGACCAAUCGAAGGGUGAAAAUGAAGAUUUGGAUCAUGCGAUUGCCCUUUCUCUUGCAGAGGAUGCCAAGAAACCUAAUGGAUACAAGGGCCAGGGAAAUGAUGAUGAUGAGCUAGCUAAAGCUAUCCAAGAAAGUUUGAGCAUGCCUUCAUCUCAACCAUAUCAACCUGUACAGUUUUUGCCAAGAGGAUAUAGAAUCUGUGGUGUUUGUCACAAUGAAAUAGGUUGUGGACAUUACUUAAGCUGCAUGGGAAUCUUUUGGCACCCACAGUGCUUUCGAUGUUAUGCUUGUAGUCAGCUUAUUCAUGAGGCUGAGUUUUCUUUGUCAGGCAGUAAUCCAUACCACAAGUUGUGUUAUAAGGAGUUGCAUCACCCCAAAUGUGAUGUCUGCCAUGAAUUUAUACCAACAAACAGGGCUGGUUUAAUUGAGUAUAGAGCUCACCCCUUUUGGGGCCAAAAGUAUUGUCCUUCACAUGAACAUGACCGCACACCUCGAUGCUGUAGUUGUGAGAGAAUGGAGUCAAGAAGUACUAGAUAUAUCUCUCUAGGAGAAGGCCGUAGCUUGUGCAUGGAAUGUCUUGAUUCUGCCAUCAUGGAUGCUGGUGACUGUCAAGCCCUGUACCACUCAAUUAGAGAUUAUUAUGAAGGACUGUACAUGAGAAUAGAUCAACAAAUUCCAAUGCUAUUGGUUGAAAGGCAGGCUCUUAAUGAAGCCAUAGAAGGAGAGAAAGAUGGUCAUCACCACAAGCCCGAAAUAAGAGGCUUAUGUCUUACUGAGGAACGAACAAUUAGCAGUAUACAUAAAAGGCCAAGAAUUUGGGGAAACAGAAUUCUGGACAUGCGGACUUGCCCACAGAAGUUGACCCGUAAAUGUGAAGUUACUGCAAUUCUCGUUUUGUAUGGCCUUCCCAGACUAUUAACAGGUUCGAUCCUUGCUCAUGAGCUAAUGCAUGGUUGGUUACGUCUCAAAGGCUACCGUAAUUUAAGCGCCGAGGUGGAGGAAGGCAUCUGUCAGGCUCUUUCCCAAAUGUGGCUUGAAUCUGAGGUGAUGCCAGGGUCAACAACUAUGCCAUCCUCAUCCAAUUAUGCCUCAUCUUCUUCUUCGUCUUCGUCGUCAUCAUCCUGGAUGCCAUUGUCAAAGAAAGCAGGGAAGUCGGAUAUUGAGAAGAAGCUUGGUCAGUUCUUCAUGUACCAAAUUGCUCAUGACACUUCAACAACCUAUGGUGAAGGUUUCAGAGCUGCCAAUGCAGCUGUUAAUAAAUAUGGGCUUCCGCGAACCCUGGACCAUAUCCGCUUAACACGAAGCUUUCCUACAUGAAAAUGACUUCUCUUGCUGUGAGCAGUUGUUAUUGCAAA